GCGGGGCGGGGGGCGCGGGAGCCGGGCCGGGGCCUCGGGGGCGGCCCCUGGAGCCAGCGGGCGGAUGGCGGCCGCGGAUGACCUCAAAUUCCAAGAAUUUGACGAUGCAGCUAAUUUGCUUGCAGCAAAUCCUGAUGCUACCACCAUAAGCAUCGACGAGCCGGCUGAAAUCCCCAAAAAUCAGCACAGCCGUCUGCAAGAAGCAGGGAGAGAGGAGGAUGACGAGUUGCUGGGGACCGAUGACUCCGAUAAGACAGAGCUGCUUGCAGGACAGAAGAAAAGUGCCCCUUUCUGGACAUUUGAGUACUAUCAGACGUUCUUCGACGUGGACACGUACCAGGUCCUGGACAGAAUCAAAGGUUCAGUUUUCCCAGUACCAGGGAAGAACUUUGUAAGGCUGUAUAUCCGCAGCAAUCCUGACCUUUAUGGUCCUUUCUGGAUAUGUGCCACGCUCGUCUUUACCAUUGCUGUCAGUGGCAAUCUCUCAAAUUUCUUCAUCCAUCUGGGCAAGCCAACGUACCACUAUGUGCCCGAGUUCAGAAAAGUGUCCAUAGCAGCAACAACGAUUUAUGCCUAUGCUUGGCUUGUUCCCCUUGCUCUCUGGGGAUUCCUGAUGUGGAGGAACAGUAGAGUCAUGAACAUUGUCUCCUACUCGUUCCUGGAGAUAGUGUGUGUCUAUGGCUACUCCCUCUUCAUUUACAUUCCCACAGCGAUUUUAUGGAUCAUACCAGAAAAAGUGGUGCGCUGGGUCCUGAUGAUCUUCUCCCUGGGCCUCUCGGGGUCUGUUCUGGUGAUGACCUUCUGGCCUGCUGUCCGUGAUGACAACCGGAGGAUUGCGCUGGCCACCGUGGGGACCAUUGUUCUGCUUCAUGCUCUGCUGGCUGUCGGCUGUUUGGCAUACUUUUUUGAUGCUCCUGAACUGGAUUUUCCUGCACCUAUUAUCCCUGCUCACAAUAAAACAACAGUAACAACAAGGAGUCACUAAAUAAGGUUACACUGCCCGUUUCUCCAUCUGUACAGUCAUUUUAUUUUACAUUUUGUCACUGAAGACCACGGGACGUGCAAGAACAGGGGAUGUUUGUUUGGGAAAAAGCAACAACCCAGGCAGAGAUGUCCCGUGGAUUUACAGACAUCCUACCAGAGACUGACUGGUUGGUUCCAUAAGGAGAGUGAACUGCUCUUAGUUCUGUACAGCAGGGUUGGUUUGUUUUUUGGUUUAUUUGUUUUUUUUUUUUAAAUCCUCACUCCCCCCCUGCUCUUUUCCCUCUGAAUAAAGUUUCCUGAAGGUG